AUGAAGUUUGGCAAGUAUAUUCAGUCACAUCAAGUGCCAGGAUGGUCGCCAUAUUACCUCGAUUACAAGUUCUUGAAGAAGAUUAUUUCGUCUCUAGAGGCUCAUAGGCCAGCGUCGGAGGCUGCCGCUCUUGCUCUCGGACUGCGGCCUGUAGACAUCUUGAACCAGUCUCAAGCGUCUCUUACCUGCCAAUCAGUACCGGUAAACCCGAGCUAUGAGACAGGCGAACCACCCAUAUUUUCUGCUUCUGGUCAGGAUGAAGACAGAGGACCAGAAUUUCAAGCUCAUAAGGCCGCUUUCUUUUUCAAAGUUGAACGAGAACUAGAAAAGAUAAAUACCUUCUAUCUCCAAAAAGAAGCAGAACUAAAGUUGCGACUUGAAACACUCUUGUCGAAACGAAGAGCUGCUGCGAUGAGGGGUUUGCCUGAUACUAUGGAAGACACAACAAAAACGCACGUCGAAUGGAGCGCGGUGGAGGAGGGUUUCAGGCUCUUGGAACGCGAUCUCGGGAAACUGCAGCAAUUUGUCGAAGUUAACGCCACCGGUUUUCGGAAAAUACUGAAGAAAUUCGACAAGCGUUCAAAGUCCACCACAAAAGAGUUAUAUUUGACGCGUCAAGUUGAUGUUCAGCCAGUUUUCAACCGUCAGUUGAUUUCUGAGCUGGCAGACACAGUCGCAAGCUGCCUACUCAAUCUCACAGAUCUAUCUUCAGGUCUAAAAUUCGAAGGACCGGCCGCGAAUGACGUGAUAACGAAUCAGUUGAUCGCUGAGCGGUUGGCUUAUGCUGGUCCGUUUCAUGAUCUGGAGGAGAAUUUACGCAAAGCCGUCGCCAGCGGUGACAAAGGGGCAGUUACAGAGUGCAUACGUUAUUCAGAGCUCAAUGCCAACGAACUGGAAGGCCAAAGAAACAUGACGCGGAUUCUAUGGAGUGUUCUCGAAGCACCUCCCGACCUCUCCGAUCUCAUUCUGUCUUCACUAUCGUCACCGUUCGACUUCCAUUUCACGGAUGAUAUCAACGGACGAACCUGUCUCCACGAAGCGGCAAUUUCCGGUGCGCUUCGGUUGAUUGAACUCUGCAUCGAGAAAGGUGUGCAGGUCGACAAGGUUGAUGCUUAUGGGAGGACUGCCCUUCACUACGCAGCCAUGAAGGGCCAUCCUGAGAUCUGUCGACGCUUGUUAGAGACUAAUAUGUCUCUCAAUGUACUCGAUAUCGACAACUACAACCCCUUGGUGUACGCUACGCUGCGAGGCUCGGUAGAAUGUGUUAGGGUUAUACUGGAACAUGGAGAAGUUCUACCUCAGCCUACGACUCCUGGAGGAGAUGUGAUACCUCUUUCUAUUGCAAGCUUGUCCGGUCAUGUCGAAGUGGUUCUACUUCUGCUGGAGAGGGGGGCACAGUGCAUCGCAAACAGUAAUGGGGAGUAUCCCAUGCAUUUAGCAGCGCGGACUGGACAUGUACGCGUCUGCGAAGUGCUGCUCCACCAUGAAGGAUGGGAUAUUCCCGACAAGUACCAUGAGUGGACUCCAUUGUUCCAUGCAUCCCGCUAUGGGCAAGACGAUUGCGUUCGGGUGUUGCUCGACGCUGGCGCACGUGCGGGAAUAACGGACGAGUUGGGUCAUUUGGCUGUCCAUUACGCGGCAUGGUAUGGUCAUCACAAAUGUGUCGAAUACCUUCUGAAUGCUGCACCCUUGGUAAUAUCGGGUCGGGAUAUUGGACCCAUCACGUCACCUAUGUCAGACCAGCUCAUGGUGUCCGAGUCUGACAUCGACCUUAUCCCCUCUUUGUCAUUACCACCUCCAAUUAUGCCUCAUCGAGUAUAUGGCCAUAACUAUCUGGACCGCAGUCAUUUGAUCCAAGUCGCGAUUGCUUCCUCAAAUUCAAGAAAAGAAUUUCCUCCAGUACGACUACAACAUCGCCUCAUGAGUCCCGAUUUCAAGUAUGAAACAUUCCCAACGACCGCUCCCUUAAAAUUGGUCAUGACGACAAGUGCUGAGGUCAAUACCGUUCCAUAUACCGUAUCUUUACCACCAAAAGGCGAGGAAGGGGUCUUUACUUUCCAGGUAUCAUCGCUCGAAUCCUUGACACUGGAGUUCUCUGUUUAUCCCAAUUUUGGUACUAAAACUAUUGGACGAGCCAUCGCACUUCCAUCCCUGUUUUCAGGCAUGGAGAAUAAUCAAGCUUUCACUUUACCUAUACUGGACCAUAGGUUACACAUAUUAGGAGAGGUCACAUUCGAAAUGAGUAUCGUAACAUCCUUCGACGGUGUCACACUCGAGGUCGGAGGUGGCGUUGAGACGUACUGGAAGUCUACGGCGCUGUCCGCUAUCCCUCAGUCCCUUACGCUAUGGCCUCACCGUUCUAGUUUUAUCACAUCUGCCCAGGCCUCCCCAUCCAAUCCGUCGCUUUCCACUUCUGGUGGACAGGUGUCUACCGUUUCCUCCUUGCGGGGAAACUUCAUAUCUCUCGUCGUGCAAGUGACUCGAGAUUUCCAUCCUGUGGUGUAUUCCGACUGGGUAUUGCCCCUUGAACCCUUUGAUAUUGGAGUCUGCGAUGUUACAUUAUCUCAAUUCGAGGUGCUGGCACAACAGACGGGUCGUGGUGUAGAUCAGAGUAUGUUACCUGCUGGCGGUGACUGGUCUAGUCUCAUCGCUUUUGCCAUGGUCUCCCUGGAGCAACUGUUAAAGAUCCUUCCGGCAUCGGUUGGGGUGUGCCUCGAGGUAGUCCACCCAACUCGGUCAGUCAUGCAAGGGGUUUCCUUUUCUCGGCGGUUGGAUCUCAAUCGAGUAGUGGACUGCAUUCUGAAAACUAUAUACCAAACGUCAGUUUCACUGAAUGGCCCUCCUCCGGUUCGUCGGAGGAUCGUCUUUACGUCAUUCUCACCCGAUGUAUGUGCAGCGAUUAAUUGGAAACAACCCAACUAUCCCGUUUUUUUGAUCUCACAUUGCGGGAAGACGAGCGAUAGUUCCUCCAAACAGAUAGCGUUUGACGGGGGUGAUCCUUCAGACCGGCGAUUGGCUAGCCUAGGUGCAGCAGUCGAGUUCUCCCGGAUGAAUAACCUAUUGGGCGUAUUUGUUGACGCGAACCUCUUGCUCCAAGUCCCGUCCACGAUACACGGCAUUCGAAAUGCGGGGCUACUUGUCGGUGUUCAUGGGACUUCAGAAAAGACAAUAACGCUCACCACUGCGUCCGGGAUGGAAGGCUGUCCCGUUGACGCGUAUUUGAGCGACAGAACAGUUAUUUUUGUUGAUCCUUCUGCAUCGUGA